GCGUGUGUGGAACAGAGCGUCUAACACCAGGAGUGAGUCACCUGAGAGACUGAAGAGGGUGAGCUGAGUGGGCCUGCUGGACACGCCGCCAGCCAUUUCACAGUACAGGUAUCAGUUCCUGUUUCCUGUUACAAACAGACGCUCAGAAUCCAUCGGCACGACCAGAGAAACAAGCCGGGGUCAAACCGUUCCUCUCUCUCUACGCCUCAUAAGGACAGCGUGAUUAUUUCUUUCUCAAUGAAUCACCAAAAUCAGCCCGCAGCAUGAAAAGCUGGAGCAGGAAAUUCAAGAGACAAGAGCCUGACAGCGUGGUCGGGUCCUCCUCUAGCAAGAGGAACUCCAUUAGUGAUCCACCACCAGUGCGUGUGUGGGUUACUCACACACCCACGCCAGAUGAUGGUGGUGAUACUAGCUCCACGGGCAUCACAUCCAGCACUCCACCGUACGAAGAGAAGGAGGACAACAAAGGGAGCAUGAAGGACCGGCUGAAAUCCCUCAUCCCUCAGUCCUGGGGGGGCGUCAUCCAUAAAUGGACGAAGGAGAGUGACAGUUUUAAUGACUCUGAAGCCAGCACCAGUAGGAUCCAGAUCCUUCCUAAUGGGACCAGGGUGAGCCCUCCUGUGAGUCCCCUGCUGGAGCGCAGGAACUGGGGUGAUUCACUUGGCCAGAACUCCCAGAAGCCUUUGCUAGGGGAGAGCCCUUCUGAUGAUCUGUUCAAUCUGGGCCCACGAGAGGAAUCUAUCCUGACCAGCAUCCACCCUGCUGAGUACUAUGCUGAGAAGCUGGAGGUCUACAACCAGAAGUACUCUUAUCUGAAGUCCUGGCCUGGGUUGCUCAGACUUCUUGCCGGACUUCAGCUCUUAUUUGGGGGCAUGGUCUUUGCCUGCAUCAUCGCGUACAUCCAGAAAGACAGCGAGUGGUCCAACAGCUACGGAAUCUAUAACGGUGCAUAUAACAACGGGCAAGGCAUGUCUGGGUAUAGCUACAGAGGCCCCAUGACUCCCUUUAUACUGGCAGUAGCUGGAGUCUCCUGGAUUAUAACCCUCAUGCUCCUCGUGAUGGGAAUGACCAUGUAUUAUCGCACCAUCCUCCUCGACGCCCCCUGGUGGCCCCUGACGGAGGCGCUCAUCAACGUGGCGCUGUUCCUGCUCUACAUGGCAGCGGCGAUUGUCUACCUGAACGACUUGAACCGCGGGGGGCUGUGCUUCACAACAAUAGGCGUUAACCCCAUCAUGGCCAACCUGUGUCGGGUUGAGGGGGGCCAGAUGGCGGGAACGGCUUUCAUCUUCAUUAACAUGGCAAUGUAUCUGGGAAGCUUCCUGGUGUGUCUGAAGAUGUGGAGGCACGAGGCCGCACGAAGGGAGAGGGAGUACUUUGAGAACCAGCCCCAGGAGGAGUCGCGCUGGUCCAUCCCACUAAACCCUCAGAAAACAAAGCGCAUAUCAUUCAAGGAUGAAAUGGAUAAGCCUCUGAGUAAAGAUCGUAUCAAUCAAAAUGCGCUCAACCCCGAGGUCCAUAAGAACCCAGUCAGUCUGAACAGAGCGGCUGAAUACACCCCCAAAGUACACAUCAUCGCAGACUACAUCAUAAAGUAUCCAAAGAUCAGCUGUGUGGAGGAAAGGGAAAAGUACAGAGCAGUCUUCAAUGACCAGUAUCAGGAAUACAAGGACCUUCACCGAGACAUCAGCACCACCCUCGAGAAGUUCAGACAGCUGGACGCCACGAUGGCACGACUCCUCAGAGAGGGAAAAAGCCAAGAGGAUCAGCAGAGGAUUCAAAGCAUUUUGAAGAAGUAUCAGCAGAAAAAGAGCGAGCCUGGUUUCCUGGAGAAAAAGGAACGCUGUGACUAUUUAAAAGCUAAAUUAAGCCACAUCAAAAACAAAAUCCGCACUUUUGACCAGGAGGCCAUGGACGAUGGUCGGACAUGAAGAACAACAAAGAGAAAUAUCUGAUGAGCGGACAAAACAAAUAACCUUUCUGUCGUUGAUUGUCUCCUUUUCAUGUUUUAUUGCAUUUGAAUGUAUUGUAUUUUCAUUAAAAAGCAUAUUGGACACUUUUUGUAUCAUCAGCAUAAGGUUAGAGUUGAAACCUGGUUUAUAAAACCUGAGCUACAACAUUAUAAGGGUUAAAUGGUACACUCCUUUUGUGUUUAGCUGUCAUUACACGUCAUGUUGCAUUUUCUUAUUAUAUUCUUGUCAUGUAUGUCAACGCAGAGGAACAACAUGUUGAUUCAGUAUAUGUUUUACAUUAAAGUUCUAAAAAAACAUUGUGAAAG